GAGACGAUCUUGAUUUGAAUUUGGGGAUGUCGAGCUCUUCGCCAAACGAAGGUGGAAAUUUCAAGUCCCAUCAGUUCCAUCCUUACGAAGUUCAAAAUACAAGAACGUUCAAGGUACAAAUCGAAAACUCUGCUGCUGCAGGAGUAGGUAACAAUCUAGUGCAAAUAAAAUCAGAACACCCUAUUAUGUUGGCUGGUGUAGAUCCUAAAUUUGCUCCUAAUUAUUAUGAGGGAAGAAGUGUAGCGGUUUCUCCACGACAACAAGUAGCUAACUGGGCUAGCCCAAUAGCAACAUCGUAUGUUGCAGCAUCAUCAGGAUUCUCCAAUUCAUCGCAUUCUUAUCAUCCGACGGUCCAAAACGUCUGCUUCUCGACGGGUCCCACUACUAAUAAUUCAUCCACAAACACGUCUCGGUUUUACUCGCAGAUUACGUCUUUUUUGCCUCGCCCUUGAUCAAUCAAGUCAUCUUUUGGCUUUAAUUAUGUCUAUAAAUGCGAAUAUAAUCGGGGUUUUUCGGGAUUUUUUUUUUUGU